UGUUCCUAAUAUAACCUCAGCACUCAGCCAGCUGGAAGCGGCCGUCUGUCUGGGCUGCUUCGGUAGUGACAGGCGACCUUCCCUGCUCCCUUUUUUUAAUUUAUUUAUCAAGUGUUUAAAUGGACACCAUGAAGAAAGAUGAAGAUUCAGAGGAAGUGGAGAUUGAUCUGGGGGACUCAAGUGACCCAGAAGAGUCUGAAAAUGAAGAGGAACCGCAGAUGUUAUGGAGAGCCCAGCCCUCUCUGGAUGAGGAGGAAAACAUUCACACGUCCACACUGGUGGAAAUCAGUGACACCAAACCUCUGAUUAAUUCAAGGGACCCCCGAGGUAUCAAUGACUGCCUCAAGGUGGGGUUUGAGGACGUAAUAGCUGAGCCGCCAUCUGUGCGCAGCGGCGAUAGAAUAUGGAUCUGGAGCAAUGCCUUCUUUGAAGUGUCCAGGGUCUGGAUCUACAGGAUAGUCACCGUGCUUCUGGCCAUUCCCGUGUCAGUUAUCUCUGGUUUUCUGUUUGCCAUCCUCAACUGCUUCCACAUUUGGAUGGUUCGACCCUGUAUUCAAUGUGUCCUCAUCGGUACUCGCUGGCUACAGAGCUUCUGGAGCAUCGUGCUGCAUGUCACUGCGGUCCCAUUCCUAACGAGUGCAGGGAAAUGUUGUGGAGGUUUAGGUGUACACCUGACCAAAGAAUGACCUUAGAGGCAAAUUCGGACAGGAUGUCUUAAUGAUGUGGACAUAGUUCUGUUCAUGUGGACUGAAAAAAAAAAAGGCAGCAUUGACUUUUGAUUGUUUCAAAAAAUGAUAUAUAUGGUAUUUCUUUCCCCAGUAAACCUUUUGUCAUUUUACACCAACAAUGUUAUAGACCAAUGUGGCACAUAAUUAAGAAAUGUAAGGAAAGGGACACAUUGGUUUCAUUGUUUUGUAAGAAAUAUCUGAAAAGUG